AUGAUUCAAAAAGUUGGAAUUAUUGGUAGUGGUAUAAGUGGUUUAUCAAGUUAUUAUUAUUUAAGAAAUGGUAUAAAUUUAACAUCAAAAUUUUCAAAAAAUAAUUUAAAGAUUAAUAUUUUUGAAAAAUCAAAUAAAGUUGGAGGUAAUAUUCAAACAAGGAUAAUUCAAGGUAAAAAUAAAGACGAAAAGAUAAUUGUUGAAGAAGGACCAAGAAGUUUAAGAGCAUUAGGUAGAGGAUUAAAUACAUUAGAGUUUAUAAAAAGAUUAGGUAUUUCAAAUGAUAUAAUAUUUAGUAGUGCAAAUAGUAAUGGUAAAUUUGUACUAUUAGAUGGUAAACCAAAAGAAAUCCCAAUGACAAGUUUAUUUGACAUUAUUAAAUUCUCAUUCAAACAUUCCAUUGUAAGUUCAAUACUUAAAGAACCAUUUAAAAAAGUACCAAGCCAAGUUAAAGAAAUGGAUCCGAAUUGGGAUGAAUCUGUACACGAUUUCUUUUCACGUAGAUUAGGUAAAACAAUGACAAAAACAUUUAUAGAACCAACAAUACUUGGGAUUUAUGGUGGUGAUUACACAAAUCUAUCGAUUAAAUCUACUUUUAAAAGAGCAGCAUUACUCGAACCUUUUGGUGGUUUAAUUUUAGGUUCAUUAUUUAAAUCUAAAAAACAAAAACAAUUUGAGUUGGAUUUAGAUAAAAAUGAAAAACGUUUACUUCCAUCUAAAAACGAAUUAACUGAAUUGUUUGAUAAAGAUACCGAUAAAACAAAUGUUUUCUCAUUUAAAGAGAAUGGAUUAUCAAGAAUGAUACAAAAAUUAAAAUCUUUAAUUGAAAGUGAUAGUUUAACCAAACUAUAUUUAUCAACAAGUAUAGUUGAAAUUGAAAAGGAUGUAACUAAUGGUACAUUAAAAGUCACUGAUAAUAAAGGUAAUCAAUAUCAAUAUGAUCAAUUAAUAUCAACAAUUCCAUUGAAUCAAUUAGCACCAAUGUUUAAAAAAUCAGAUUCAAAACUUUAUCAACUUUUACAAUCAGUUAAUUAUACUUCAAUUGCAGUUAUAAACUUAAUUUAUAAAUCAAAUAAAAAUGUUGUAAAAAUUAUUAGUGAUAAAGGAUUUGGUUAUUUAGUUCCAUCAAAAGAGAACCAAUCUGUAAUUGGUGUUUGUUUUGAUUCAAAUACUUUUCCAGAAUUUGUAAAUAAUAAUAAUAAUAAUAAUAAUGAUAAUGAUAAUGGUAAUGAAAAAGAUCAAUCAAUUAUUACUGUUAUGAUUGGUGGUAAUAAUGGUAUAAAAGAUAGAAAUGAUAAUUGGAUUGAUGUUACAAAUACAUCAAAAGAUAAACUAUUAGAUAUCGCUUUAAAACAUUUAGAUAAAGUUUUAGAUAUAGAAUCAUCACCUGAUUUUACAAAUGUUUCAAUUUAUGAUAAUGGUAUUCCUCAUUAUAAUAUUGGUCACCAAAAUUUAAUAAAUGAAAUUCAAAAUCAUAUUACUAAAAACUAUGGUACAACUUUACUUUUAGGUGGUAAUUCAAUUGAUGGUGUUGGUAUUAAUGACUCAAUUCAUAAAUCAAAACAAUUAAUUAAUAGUUUAAAAUUAUCAAAUAAUUAA